AAAAAAUCAAUCCAAAGUCUGACACAACAAUAUUCUUUCCUUUAUUUCCUUACUCGUCUUCUUCCUUUUCAACCUAACAAACCAAAACCCCCAAUUUCAUCUUCCAAAAUCCCCAAUUUCCCAACCCAAUCACAAUCCCAAAACCCUAAUUCAACCAAUCAAUGUGGGCUGCUUCGUGUCUAGCGUCAUGCUGCGCUGCCUGCGCAUGCAACGCUUGCACGUCCGUCGUUUCAAGCAUCAGCCGUCGUUCCGCAAGGAUCGCUUAUUGCGGUCUCUUCGCUCUUUCCCUCGUCGUUGCUUGGAUGCUCCGUGAAGUCGCUGCUCCUCUCAUGGAAUCUAUCCCCUGGAUUAAUCACUUUAAACAAACUCCAAGCCGUGAGUGGUUUGAGACCGAUGCAGUUCUUCGUGUUAGCUUUGGAAACUUUCUAUUUUUCACUAUUCUGGCUGCUAUGAUGGUUGGCGUCAAAACUCAGAAGGAUCCUCGUGAUGGCUUGCAUCAUGGGGGCUGGAUGAUGAAAAUUAUCUGUUGGUGCCUUCUGGUUAUCUUUAUGUUUUUUCUACCGAACGAGAUCAUCAGCUUUUAUGAAACAAUAUCAAAGUUUGGCUCUGGUAUGUUUCUUCUUGUUCAAGUUGUGCUCUUGUUGGAUUUUGUUCAUCGAUGGAAUGACACAUGGGUUGGAUAUGAUGAACAGUUCUGGUAUAUUGCUUUAUUUGUUGUUUCACUUGUCUGUUACGUGGCCACUUUUGUGUUCUCGGGAGUUCUCUUUCAUUUCUUCACGCCAUCUGGACAAGACUGUGGAACCAAUAUCUUUUUCAUUUCAAUGACCCUGAUGCUUGCAUUUGUUUUUGCCAUAGUAGCUUUGCAUCCUGCAGUAAAUGGAAGUGUUUUGCCUGCUUCCGUAAUAUCAUUUUAUUGCAUGUAUCUCUGCUAUAGUGCACUGGCUAGUGAACCCAGAGAUUACGAGUGCAAUGGUCUUCACAAACACUCAAAAGCUGUUUCCACUGGCUCUCUCACUUUGGGAUUAGUCACAACAGUUCUAUCUGUUGUGUAUUCUGCCGUCCGUGCUGGAUCUUCUGCCACAGUUCUUUCCCCACCAAGCUCACCUCGUGCUGGGAAGCCUUUGCUUCCAUUGGAUGCUAAGGAUGAAGAAAGUAACGAGAAAGCAAAGCCAGUUACAUAUUCAUAUGCCUUCUUCCACUUGAUUUUCUCUCUUGCUAGCAUGUAUUCUGCAAUGCUUCUGACAGGUUGGUCUACCUCUGUUGGAGAGAGUGGUAAGUUGGUUGACGUGGGGUGGCCUUCAGUUUGGGUCCGGAUUGUCACUUGCUGGGCAACUGCUUUGCUAUACUUAUGGUCUCUCGUAGCUCCUAUCAUGUUCCCCGAGAGGGAGUUCUAAGUGGUUUGCUCAAUUUCUCAUGGCUCUGAGGAAGGUUGUGUGUAACCUAACUACUAUAUAUUUGCAGUUGUGCAGCGUUUAUCAUAAUAUGCAUCUAUAUCUACAAACACAGUAAAAAAGCAUGUUAUGAAUGACAAUUCCAAUAGGCGUGAUUUCAAUUGUAUAGUGAAAUUUGUACCCUGAAUAAAAAUAUAUAUAGUUUAUGUUUGCAUCUCUUCGAUCACA